AUGCAUUUCCUCCGAUGUCGGUCACCGCUCGACUCGAGUGUGACCCUUGCUAGGUGGUUGACCACCCUUGUGGCCUGUCUUCUCGUGAAAGAUGUCAUCGCGAUUGAGGUCAACCCUGAGGAUGAAGCCUCCCUCAAAGAUGCCGCCAAGACCGUCGCCACCACGAUGAUUGAUUUCUACAAUGCCCGCGAGUCGAAAAAUAUUCCCGGCAAAAUGGACGGUACAUGGUGGGAGGGUGGUUCGAUGUUCAUGACCCUCAUUCAAUACUGGUAUUUAACAGGCGACGACCAGUUCAACGACGCCAUCCAGGAGGGCAUGUAUUGGCAAAAGGGCAGCGACAACGAUUACUUCCCAAGCAACUACUCCCAAUACCUCGGCAACGACGAUCAAGUAUUCUGGGGAUUAGCGGCGAUGACCGCUGGAGAACUGAACUUCCCGCAAAGAGAUGGCGAACCCUCAUGGGUUUCUCUGGCUGCAGGUGUCUUCAACGGACAAGUUCCUCGCUGGGAUAUGACCGCUUGCGGCGGAGGUCUGCGAUGGCAAAUCUGGCCUUACCAGGAUGGAUAUAGUAUGAAAAACGCCAUCUCCAACGGUGGAUUGUUCCAGUUGUCUGCGCGUCUGGCACUAUACACCAAGAACGCGACCUAUGCCGAGUGGGCGGAGAAGAUCUGGGAUUGGAGCGCAACUACGCCACUGUUGAGGAAGAACUGGGUUAUCGCCGAUAGCACUAAUAACGCGGCCAAUUGCAAGGAUCAUGGCGAUUAUCAAUGGACUUACAACUAUGCUACGUAUAUCUCCGGUGCGGGCUAUAUGCACAAUUACACCAAUGGCACCGAAACCAAAUGGCUCAAAGGUAUCAAAGGAAUGAUCAAGACAUCUGAUCAGUUCUUCCCCGCCUCCGGUGGGAAAACAAUUAUAUCCGAAAUUACCUGCGAGCCGAUCAAGAGGUGUGAUCGCAAUCAGAGAACCUUCAAAUCCUACUUCACUUCAUGGAUCGGAUUCAUGUCGCUCAUCGUACCGAGCAAUGUCACCGAUGACCUGAUGGGGAGAUUCAAGAGCUCCGCUGUCGCUGCCGGUCAACAAUGUUCCGGUGGAAGCGACGGGAAGCAUUGCGGAACUCGAUGGACGAAGAAGUCAGAAUGGGAUGGGACUAAGGGCUUGGAACAGCAGAUGGCUGUCCUGGGUGUUCUUAAUGCCGUUUUGGUCCCAUAUACGGCCGAAGGCCCCUACAAUGCGGACAAUGGUGGGUUAUCCUCGGGUGAGCCCCAUAACGAAACCGACAGCGAGGGCAACUCGGGACCUGAUGCUAUCACCACUGGUGAUAGGGUUGGUGCGGGAAUCUUGACUGGGUUCUUCGUUAUACUCUGGGCUGGCGCUAUAUCUUGGAUGCUUAUUGGAGGCAAGUAG